CCACAAUCCAACACGCCGGCAUUCAAUAGAUAUCGUGGCACUCACCAUUUACCUGCCCUUUUUCCUCAAACUACAGCAGCAAACCUCAAUUCAACCUGCGACUUGGUACAGACACUCCAUCAUUGAUAACAGCAGCCAUGCACGUUCUGGUGGUAAACGACGACGGACCUCCUUCCCAGCAAUCUUCCCCCUAUAUCCACUCCUUCGUCCACGAGCUGCGAAAAUCAGGCGCGUCAGUAUCCGUGGUCCUCCCUCACGCCCAGCGCUCCUGGGUCGGCAAAGCCCACUUCGUCGGAAAAACGAUCGUCCCGACAUACUUUCGUCCUGGAACCCUGUACACAGAUGAUGGGUCAACCCACGAUCGCCCACGCCUCGAUGGUGGCGAAGAGUGGGUUCUUGUCGAUGGGACGCCCGCUAGUUGUACACAAAUCGGGUUGAACCAUUACUUUCAGGAGAAGGGGCCGAUAGAUAUGGUGGUUUCCGGUCCAAAUUAUGGCAGAAACUCAACCGCCCUUUUCAGUCUUUCCUCCGGAACUGUCGGUGGUGCAAUGGAAGGCGCUUUGUGCGGAAAACGCUCCGUUGCACUAUCGUACGCCUUCUUCAACAGGAACCACGACCCCGUUAUCAUCCGCAGUGCGUCGCUCAUGUCCGUUCGGCUGAUAAAGUACUUGCACGCAAACUGGACCCCGGGGGUCGACUUGUAUGCUAUCAACGUUCCGUUGUUGGAGGGGAUUGACAAACCGGAGAGGAAGAUCCUUUAUACUCACAUUCUGCAGAAUCGCUGGGUUACGGGAUGCUCCUUUGAGGAGUUGGAGGAUGAUGAGGCUGAUAAAUCAGAUACCGGAAGGAGGGAGGCAGAGAUUAGAGGUGAUGUGGGGGAGCACGAGCAUAAGCAUCUGGCUUUGAAGCAUAAGAAGUUUAUUUGGGCCCCAAAGUUUGCCGAUAUACAUCGGUCAGUUGAGGAGUCGGGGCCGGGAAAUGAUGGGUGGGCAGUCGCAAAGGGAUAUGUGAGUAUAACUCCACUGAAGGCAAACUUCAUGCAUUAUGAUGGCCUGGUAGGGCAAGAGCUCAAUAUCAAUGCAAUUGAAUCAAUGGGUUCUCUGCUACUGAAAGCUGGGCCACAAGAGAAGAGCUCUUGCUGGGCUGUUGUGGGAUAUGAGGACGCCUACGUCCAGCCUAAGAUCCAAGCCGCCCUAAAAAAGAGCAUACCGUGUAUCAAGUUUGCUAGCAAUCUUACCGAAGUGCCGUUAGAAAACUCUGAAAAGGUCGUCCAUUGGUCUACGUAUGAAAGCAUUGACUUUGAGAGCGUGCUUCAAAGGCCAGACUCAAUCAUCUGCUGCUCCUAUAUCAUAAGGAAAGCGCUUAUCCGGAAACACUACCUGGCGCAGACCAUCCGCCAGCAUGUUACCAAACAUCCUGAAUCUCCCCUCAGCAAGGCAUUUCCUCUAGCUUGUGAUUUUGAGCUUGACUAUGCUGAGUUCCUUGACGAAGCACUUAUUGAAACCUAUGAGUUAUGUGAUAGUCUCAGGGCGAAUGAAGAGAAGAGUGGGAAGGAUAGACAGUGGUGGAUAUUAAAACCUGGAAUGAGUGAUAGAGGGCAAGGUAUCAGGCUAUUUGGCACAAAAGAAGAGCUAACGGCCAUCUUCCAGAGCUUCGAAAGAGCUGAGGACUCGGGUGACGACGCAGACGAGAGCAACGAAGAUCAGGGCAAUAAUAAAGGUACCUCAAUCGUCACCAAUCAGCUCCGCCACUUCAUCGCCCAGAAGUACAUUCAUCCCCCACUCCUAAUAGGGAACCGCAAGUUCCAUUUAAGAACAUAUGUUCUCUCCGUCGGUGGACUGAAGGUCUACGUUUACAAGCGCGUUCUAGCGCUCUUUGCCGCAAAGAUGUAUUCGCCGCCGUGGAAAGAUAGUCAAGACUUAACUGGCCAUUUAACAAAUACCUGUUUACAAAGCGGCGAGCGAGAAGGGAGCGUUAGAUUGUUCUGGGACUUGCAUGCUUCCCUCCCGGGCGGGACUCUGACUCUAGAAACAGUCUGGGGGAAUCUUUGCAAGAUAGUUGCUGAGACAUUUGAAGCGGCAGCGACUGGCCAGAGGGUGCAUUUUCAGACCCUUCCAAACGCCUUUGAAAUCUUCGGCCUAGACUUCAUGAUUGACACCGAUACGAACGUUUACUUGCUCGAGGUUAACUCUUAUCCAGACUUUAAACAGACUGGUGAUAAAUUUUCAGGGUUGAUUGAGGGAUUGUUUGAAGGCGUCGUGGAGGUUGCAGUCACGCCCUUUGUUGGUCUAUCUGGGGUUGGGGGUGGAGUAGAUGACCUCGUGAAGGUUCUGGAUAUUGGGCUGGGGUCUUGGUAAGGGUCUGGGGGUGUAGGCGAGGGCCUGGCUGAGUGAGUAGUCGCUGUCAUCUAGUUCGUUGAACGUGUUUCACACGUGGGUUUAGAGCCCCCAGCGAAGUGAAGGGCGCGUAUAUGUUAUGGUACCGGCAGUGAUCCCAUGGCCAGUCUAGACCAUGGUCCUGACCACCGGUCGGCAGUCCGGCUAGUCCGGUCUUGGUUUUAAAAAGCCUGGGCUGGCGGCUGCCGGGCCGGGUCAUGGCGCAACCCAGGCCAGAUCAGCCAGAUGUCAGGGUGAAGGCGCCUAUUGCCCUGGUAAUCCAAAGAUAUCUGGACGGACAACCUGCAGGCUUUCCACGUUUAAUCGCUCAGAAUGGGAUAACCGUGCUAAAGUUCUUGCCAAAAGUGUGAAACUGCGAGCAAUUGCAAAUUUUGCAGCACAUCUACGAGAUGCCCAACAGUUCAAUGUCAGAUUCCGCUCAAUGUCAAAUUUCACAAACUACUUUUAAACUUACCUCGAUCGCAAUAAAACCUCUGAAAAUUAUACAGACAUAGAAGCUUGUAUUGAUAGUACUUGUGAUAUGUUAAUAGAAUGAGAAAAAACCAAAUG